CAGAAAGAACAGUAAAAAUGCAGGCAGGGCGGCGGACAAAGCACUCGGGACAAAAUGUAUGUGAAAUGAAAAUGACUUUUUAAAUUUGCCGCCGGUUCCGUCCCCCGUACAUCCCAACGCUUGCAGGGACCGGAACACGGAAGCCGGAUGCCGGCAUCGGCUGGAGAUGGCCGGGGACGCUGCAGGGGACGCAUCGCGGGAGCGAAGGACAAGGUAAGUGCUGCAGGGAAUCCCAGAGCAACGCCGCAUGGUAAGCCCGAGUGUAGCUCGGGGUUACCGCUUUUGGUACUGAAA